CUUUCCUAUAACAUAGAACGCUAUUACGUACGUAUCUAUGUGUUACUUUUUAUCAUCUCUCCUACCUUCUCCCCACCUCUCUCUCUCUCAACCUCAACUCGCUCACGUUUAACCAAGUGCCGCCCCGGAACUAGAAAGCAGCGCCUUUGUAUCCGGGGGGAAGAAGUCAGCUGGUGCGCGGUGCUACCUUGAAAACUGUCCCGGGCAGGGGGUAAAGGACUGCGACUUAAAACAGAACAUGUUAUCCAUGUGGAAUUUUUUAAAGCGACAUAAGAAGAAAUUCAUCUUUGUUGGCGCAUUUGCAGGCAGUGUUUAUCUACUAGGAAAGUAUGCACAAAGAAAAAUCAGGGAAAUCCAAGAGAGGGAGGCUGCUGAAUAUAUUGCUCAAGCACGUCGGCAGUAUCAUUUUGAGAGUAAUCAAAGGACUUGCAAUAUGACAGUGUUGUCAAUGCUUCCAGCCCUGAGAGAAGCUUUAAUGCAACAGCUCAACUCCGAGAGCUUAACAAGCCUUUUAAAAAACAAACCCUCAAAUAAGUUAGACAUAUGGGAAGACUUAAAAAUUAUAAGUUUCAGUAGAAGCAUUGUAGCCAUAUACAGUACAUGCAUGCUUGUCGUUCUUCUUCGUGUUCAAUUAAACAUUAUUGGAGGAUAUAUCUAUCUUGACAAUUCAUCUGUGACAAAAAAUGGCACUGCUCUUCAAGCAUCCCCAGAGGUGCAACAACAAUAUCUAUCCAGCAUUCAGCACCUUCUAGGAGAUGGUCUUACAGAGCUGAUAACUGUUGUUAAGCAAGCAGUCCAGGAGGUGCUAGGCAGCUUUUCUCUGAAGCAUUCCUUCUCACUCAUUGAGCUGGAACAAAAGAUUAAAGAAAUCCGCAGCCUGGUGGAGAAGAAAAGAGGCAGCCUAAAUGGGGAGGAAUCAGAUGGCAAAGUAAGGCUAUGUCAGUAUUUAAUGUCUGAUGAAGAAAAUCCACUGACCACUCAGGCCUACGGACUAACGGAAAAAGAUGUUAAAACAAUCAGGCUGCUUAAUGAAACCAGGGAUAUGCUUGAAAGUGAAGAUUUUAAUACAGUUCUGAAUUCAUGUCUGAGUCGUGGUUUUGGACGUCUUCUAGACAGCACUGCAGAAUUUUUCCGACCGGCUGACCAGGAACUAAAACAACAUAAUACAAUGCACAGUCUUUCCAGCAUCAGCCUUCCACUGGCCAAAAUUAUUCCCAUUAUAAAUGGACAGAUCCACUCCAUAUGCAGUGAAUUGCCCAAUCACUUUGUUCAGGACCUUCUUCUAAUGGAACAGGUUAAAGAUUUCGCUGCCAAUGUGUAUGAAGCUUUCAGCACACCACAACAGCUGGAGAAAUAGCAGCUCCAUAUACAGCUACAGAACUUAACAGAAAUCUCUCCAAACUUCAAUGGAGCAUCAAUGUUUACAGACUGUGUGUCACAUUCCACUUAAUUCUAUCAAUUAAUAUAAAUUUAGGCUAACUAGAUGGAAGAUUCAUUAACCUUCUAUGAAAGCAGCAGUAAGGUUUAUUGUAGAAGACUUGUACUUGACUCCAAUGCUGAUGGCGAAGUAGUACAGCCCAUCUCAUACAGUUUAUUUGAUAAUACAUAUAUGCAUUGAUUGCUCUGCAGAUUCGUAUGAGGCUGCAACAUCAGUUUUUUUCUAUAAACAGCAAACAUGAGUGUAUGCAUGCAUGAAACGGAAUCACAUAACAGUGCAGUUAGACGGAGAUAAGCUGUUCUGGUUCUCCUAACCAAUUUUUGUUUUGACCCAAAAUGUACAGCUUUUAUCAUUUUAGGAUUAUGCUUUUAAAACAAUAACCAAAAGAAAUGGAUACAGUUUAUUAAAAUGGAAGAUACGCCAUUUAUCUGCAUUUUCCGUUAUGCACGGUGCAAUGUAUAAAUGCUAUCAAAGGAAGGGUCUCUUAUCACUACAAACACAUGUCCAUUCAAAUACAGGCAUGGGGCCUGAGGUUUUCUGGAUAAUGGAUCUUUCUGUAAUUUGAAUCUUCAUGUCUUAAGUCUACUAGAGAAUCUUUUAAACAUUAAUUAAACCCAAUAGGCUGGUUAUGCUUCCAGUAAGGAUUAAUUAUAUGUUUGGAUCAAUACAAAGUACUGUUUUACAAUUAGAGAAAUAGAAAAUCGUUUUUUUUUGGGGUUUUUUUAAAUUUGGAUACAAUUAUGUCUAUGGGAGAUGGCCUUUCCAUAAUUCGAAGCUUGAUGGAUAAUGGAUCCUAUAUAUGCUCAUUCUGGUUGUGCAGAUAUUACUUGGGACAAUUUUUAAUUAAAUAUGGAUUUAUAUAUUAAAAUAUAUACACAUUUUCCUUUAUCAUUUGACUCUGAGCCACUACAAAAGAGCUGCUUUUAAACAUAAAUGUAAGCCAUAAAAGAACAGAAUGAACUUUAAUAAGGAAAAUUGCACUAGAAUAUUAAAACAAUAAUAAUUGUGUGUGUGCAAAAGUGUAAUUUGUAUUGAGCCAAUUGGUUGUUGUCCUAAAUAAAUUCAUUACUGGCAAA